AUGCUGAGCGCCUAUCUUCGAUUGAUGGCACGUCGUCCGCUGGCCACACAGAUUGUUUCGGCUGGUAAGUUGGCUUAUUUUUUUUAUUGUUUAUUUCAAUUUUAGGUCUCGGAGAUUAAUUACUUUCACAAAAUUUGAUAAAAUUUAUCAUGGACAACACGAAAGACCCGUUUUUGUCAUGGAUAAUAUAAUUGUUUCUCUAGGUGUGAUUGGAGUUGCCGGUGAUGCGGUUUGCCAGUUGGCUAUCGAACGAAAGCCCCUAAAACAGUACGAUUAUGGGCGUGGAGCGCGGUUCUUCAUCAUGCCGGCCUUCUGGAUGGCGCCGAUUCUGAAUCGCUGGUUCCGUGUUUUGGAGAUGAUCGGAGGAAAAGGCGCCAUUUUCAAGCGUCUGGCUGUUGAUCAGGUGGGCAAAGAACUAUCGUUCUUUCAUUUUACAGUUUUUUUUGUCCAAAAAAGCGAAACUCACAUAGUUUUUGCAGUCUUGAGACAAAUUAUUAUAUUAUCCAUGAUGACUUUUGAUAUCGAAAAAUUUUUGAUAUUCUUGUUGUGAAAGGUUGACAUAAUCAUAGAACAUGUGCUGGAAUGCCUUCUAAAUAAAUUUACCGGCUGUUUUACUAUCAUUUUUAUCCGUUUUUCACCACUUUCCUGGAUGAAUAUUACAGUGAACUGACCAGAUACAGUGGCAAAAAACGUACCAUUUUGCAUCCGGGAAGUAUCAAAAAUGCAGCAAAAUACCUCCCCUCUCCGAAUAAAAAUCUCCGUUUUGAAAGGAGUGAGAGAGAGAAAGGUAUUUUGCUACAUUUUUGAUACUUCCCGGGUGCAAAAUUGUACGUUCUUUGCCACUGGAUCAAGUCCGUUACUGUAAUAUUCAUCUAGGAAAUUGGUGAAAACCGGAUAAAAAUGAUAAUAGAACAGUCUGUAAAUUCAUUUAGAAGGCAUUCCAGACCAUGUUCUAUGAUUAUAUCAAUCUUUCACAACAGGAAUAUCAAAAUCUUUGAUAUCAAAAGUCAUCAUGGAUAAUAUAAUAAUUUGUCUCAAGACUGCAAAAACCCUGGACAAUAUCGCUAAUCCCGUCUUCAGAUCCUGUUCUCCCCUUGUUUUGGAGCCUCAAUUCUAAUGGUUUUGGGUAUAAUGGAGGGCGCUACUCCGCAACAAGCCUUUGAUUCGAUGAAAAAAAUCAUCUGGGACAUUUACGUGACCUCCCUUCAAUUUUGGCCAGCCGUCCAGCUGAUCAACCUCAACUUUGUCCCCCUCAAUUAUCGUGUGGUCUUUGUGCAGCUCGCGUCUCUGAUCUGGAACAGCUACAUCUCCUACAAGACCCAGAACAAGACUUUGCAAUAA